AUGAGCGCCCAAGACGACACAGACGGCUUCACUUCGGUCGCGCGCAAGAAGCCAGCACGACCAGCGCGGAAUCGCAAGGGGAAGGAGCGGUUCAGGGAGCGGCCGCUCGAGGAGAAGUUGGAGGCGAGAGCGCAGGGGUUGAGCGAGUCGCGGUACUUGCAGAAGUGCAAGGACUUGCUACGAUCCGCACUCUCCUCUCCUCCCUCUCCGGACACCAAUGCGCCGUCCACCUCCUCAGUACCGCACUGCCCGCCCCCAGUCUGCGUCGUAUGCCUCGGCUUGGGCAGCCUAAGCGAGUCGACCAAAGCGCAGGACCAGUACGUCUUGCUCCAGGGGCUGUUGGAGGAGCUGAAGGGUGUCAUGAACGAGGAUAUCCCGACUGAGUUCUACGACCCCGUCUUCACACCCGAAGACACCGCCUUCCUCGCCUCUAAAGGACACACCGUCCUCUCCUCCCCCCACCCCCUCGUCCUAACCCACCGCACACUCCUCUACAUCCCCCACGGUCCCCGAACACUCUUCGACGCCCUCCUCCGCUCAAACUGGACAUGCCCCGAACAACUGGAGAAAGUGGUCGUUUGGGGAAACAGGUUGGAUCUGUAUGAUGAUCCGACUUACUCGGGGUCGCUUGCAGGACGCGGGACGAAGGGGAAAAGAGAGGAGGGAGGGGACGAGUUGGGAGAAAGUGCAGAGUUCGUCGUCCGCGCAGCCAAGCUGUUCCACAUCCUCCCCCUCCCCGAUCCAAAAGACCACCUCGAAGCGUUUAACGACCUGGCGUUACAGUGGAUCGUGCCGGAGCGCAUACGGGAUCAGCCUGCGUCGUUUUGGGUGCCUGAACCGCGGAACGGGCCGGAGGAGAAGGGCGGAGAGGUGGAAGGUGUAGAAAGAGGCGGUUGGGAAGCUUGCGCUUGA